CCAAAGAGCAGCUUGUCAACAGACAACAAGAAAGUGAAAGUCCCCCGCCUGUCAGCUGGCCUGCGUGCUGCCGAUCACAAGGCAGCCGUUGCCGGGGUCUUUGAUGGCUCUCGUCGGGAAUGGACUGAAAACCGUCGGCAAUUCUCGGACUUCAAAUUCGACAAUUUGAUCUUUUUUUUCCCCCACACAGCAUCUUCCUGGGGCUACUGGUGUAUUGUCAUGGUGAACAGCAGGCUGGAGGUGCCCACGGUGGCCGUCGUGGGGGGUUCGUCAGGUCGGUCGUGCGCGGGAUGCGGAGGUCGAAUCGCAGAGCGCUUCCUGCUUUUCUCCAUGGAGCAGUACUGGCACACGCGCUGCCUCAAGUGCUCCUGCUGCCACGCUCAGCUGGGCGAGUACAGCAGCACCUGCUACAGCAAAGGCGGGAUGAUCCUCUGCAAAAACGACUACAUCAGGCUGUUUGGACACAGCGGCGCUUGCAGCGCAUGUGGACAGGUGAUCCCUGCUAGUGAGCUGGUGAUGCGGGCGCAAGGAAACGUGUACCACCUGAAGUGUUUCAUUUGUGCAACGUGUCGGAACCGCCUGGUCCCCGGCGAUCGCUUUCACUACAUCGACGGAGCGAUCUUCUGCGAACACGAUCGUCCAGGAGGCGGACUCGUCGGCGGGCGCCCGACACAGAUGCAAGCGAAUGGCGUGAUGUCCGAUCAGAAGGUCUGCUGAGAAAGCGGACGGGAAACCCCGAGCGAGCGUCUUCUCUCUGAACUCCUUUUUGUAAAGCGGCUCGUCACUCUUUCCGUGAUGAGACGAGGCCCGAUUGUUGCUUCAUUUGACACCAAGGACGCUUUUGAAACAGCAGACCAAGCGUCACAAUGUUCUGGAGCUCGGGCACGGCAAAAAGGAAGGAAACGGACUUUGGCAUUUCAUGGCGCCGAUUCCAGCAGCAAGCCGGCCGGCUGUCCUUUGCCCGCCCUACCCGAACAGUGGAUACUAACCCUGCAGGUAACGCUGUUGUUUGCCUGUUAAACAGUAAAAAGGCAC